CAUGAGCAAACAUGAACUCAAAGCUCUUUUUGGCAGCAAGCAUAGGCGUUGUCCUCUCUAUCUUGACAACCCUCAACGUUAUCAAAUUUUUCUCUAUUAAAAAUAAUGCUGCAACAGCAAAUGUAGAAAAGCUUUCAAAUCACGAGGAAAAUAAGUUUGAAGUUGUUCCAAUUGUGGAAGAUGCUGUUGGUCCAGAGAGCUUUGUCUUCGACCCUCUUGGCGGAGGUCCCUACACCGGCAUUUCAGAUGGCCGCAUCGUCAAAUGGGAUCAAGAUAAACACCACUGGAUCAACUUCGCUGUAACUUCUCCAAACAGAGAUGGCUGUGAAGGGUCACAUGAACACGACAAAACGGAGCACAUUUGUGGACGUCCAUUAGGCUUAUGUUUCAACGAAACGAGUGGUGAUCUUUACGUUGCUGAUGCUUAUAUGGGGCUACUCAUUGUGGGCCCUCAAGGUGGCUUGGCUACUGAGGUUGUGACACGUGCACAUGGCAUUCCAUUUGGAUUUACAAAUGCCUUGGACAUUGAUCAAGAACCGGGAGCAGUGUAUUUCACAGAUAGCAGUUCACAAUAUCAGAGAAGGAAUUACAUCUCUGUGAUACUAAGUGGGGAUAAAACUGGAAGGCUAAUGAAAUAUGACCCAGAAAGCAAACAAGUGCAAGUUCUUCUUGGAAACCUCUCAUUUCCAAAUGGGGUGGCAUUGAGCAAAAAUGGAGACUUCAUCCUACUGGCAGAGACCACACAUUGCAGGAUUAUGAGGUAUUGGUUAAAAACACCGAAAGCCGGAACUUUCCAAGUGUUUGCUCAACUUCCAGGAUUUCCAGACAACAUUAAAAGGAGCCCCAGAGGGGGUUUUUGGGUGGGGAUUCAUUCAAGAAGACUCUGGAUUUUGAAAUUGGUUCUUUCAUACCCUUCCUUAGGAAAUGCACUGCUUAAGCUUCCCUUGGACAUUACGAAAGCUUAUUCUUACGUGGCGAAAUGGACAGGGAACGGAUUGAUAAUCAGGUUGAGUGAGCAAGGUGUCAUAUUGGAAAUGCUUGAAGACACAAGUGGAAAUAGAUGGAAGUCUAUCAGUGAAGUGGUGGAGAAAGAUGAAACUCUUUGGAUUGGAUCAGUUACAAUGCCAUUUGCAGGAAAAUAUAAAAUUUAAGGGCUUUUUUUUUCUUUGAAUACUAAUAGAAUACUAAAUAAAAAUUAAUUUCAGAAUCCUAUUAGAAUACUAAAUGAAAAUUAAUUUCCCUUUAAUCAAAUACUUUGAUGACCCAAUAUGACUAUUAGUUGUUCACUAGGAGCCCUUUGGUAAGAUUUUAGUUUUAAGUGUUUACUUUUUCUUCUGCUAACCCUAAACCCUUUCUAUUUUGUAUAGUUGACUUGUUCUGUUGUAAUUAGACCUAGUUAUCUUUCUUGUUGUACACAAUAUUGUAAUAGUACAUUUUACUUGUUUUUAAUUUAGUAGUGGAGGUUACGGGUUUGAAUUUGGGACCUCUUUCA